AUAAGAAUUUCUUUCCAUAUUUCAGUCAAGGAAUAAAUGGAGCGAUGUGCUCCACUUUAAAAUUAACAUCAAAUCAAAAAGAAAACAAUUAAAAAUCCUUUAUAUAUUUUAUAAAAAAAAAAAACAGAAUCAAUUCAAUAAGCGUGGAAAACAUCAUCUUCUUUUUCCCAGAUUUAGUUUAAUGGCAUUUCGGAAAUUUGUAAAAUCUGUACUACUAGGGAUUCCAAUCGGUAUAACGUUUCUUGAUUGUGUUGGAUACGUUGCACGAGUGGAUGGUAUUUCCAUGCAACCAGCUCUUAAUCCAGAUGCCAGUCAAACGGAUUACGUGUUUCUCUCUCGUUGGGCUGUACGUACAAGCAAUGUCGAUCGAGGAGAUAUCGUUUCUCUUAUUUCUCCUAAAGAUCCUUCACAAAAGAUUAUCAAACGCAUCGUAGGACUGCAGGGAGAUGUCGUAUCUACACUUGGGUACAGACACGAAAUAGUGCGAAUUCCAGAAGGUCAUUGUUGGGUGGAAGGGGAUCAUACGGGACAUUCGCUGGAUAGCAACACUUUUGGCCCUGUAGCACAAGGCCUCUUGACGGCUAGAGCGACAUAUAUUGUGUGGCCUCCAGAACGUUGGCGUCGACUACAAACAGAGCUGCCUCGACGGCGUAGACCAAUUCAAAUAGCGAAGUCAGCGAGUUACUAUAGUCAAUAGUAAAAUCAUUUUAUAUACUCGGAUGUGCGCUAUUGUUUCCGUAGUGUAGGAAACGUUAUGCAAGAUUUAUUUAAGAAUCCUUAAAGUGUUUAAUGUUUACAUUUUACAUGUUACAAAUUCGUGCGGUCUACCUUGUUUCUAUGUAUGUAUAUAUAUUAAAAAAUUUUAAGUUAAUUAUAAAGGAACAUGAAAUUAGAUUUAAAUAUUAAUAAACCACCUUGCCGUUAAGCUUAUCUCGGAAGUCAUAAAUGUACGGAAAUUAAAAUACUUGACAAUUUUAUAA